GAAGUUCGAGCGCUCGGGUGAAGCAAAAUGGCGGAAGUCGAGGAUGUAACGUUAGACGGCAAACCGCUUCAUUCGCUUCGUGUGGCGGAUUUAAAAGCCGCCCUGGAGCAAAGAGGGCUCGCCAAAAGUGGACAGAAAAAUGCACUUAUCAAACGGCUGAAAGGGGCUCUUAUGUUGGAGAAUCUCCAACGAACAUCUACCCAUCACAUUGGUCUUCAGCCCAACUCUCAGAUUGGAGAGGAGAUGAGUCAGAACAGCUUUAUAAAGCAGUACCUGGCCAAACAGCAGGAGCUCCUCCGACAGAGACUGGAGAGAGAAGCCCGAGAGGCCACUGAGGCAGAUGAGACACAGAGUCCUGCUGGCCCUGGGAAGGAUGAACACAUGUCAACCAAAGAUAGCACUUCUUUUCUGCCAGAGAAACAUCACAUCGUACACUCUCAUCUGUCCGCAACCCAGGCGGGUGGAGGAGGGUUGCCACAGGACCCUGGGUUAAUGGGAUCACAUAGGUUGGAUACAGGCCCUGUUCCAGUGUCACACGAGUCACCUGACACUAAAGCUGGAAGGAUAUGGCAUCCUUCUUUCCCUCCUGGCCACGAGGAGGUCGCAACACCCUCUCCUCCACGUGCAGUUGCCUCCUUGUCUGUGCGCGUGGUUGGACAACCUGAGCGUCAAGGCCUGCCUCUCAUGAUGCCCCGUUCACAAGAGAGAGAGGGAACUGCCCCGGUCGAAGCAGGUCCUGCCCAUUCAGUGUUGCAGCUCAGCCGUUCCGCGAGGGCUGCAGCUUGUGCUCAAGUUGAUAGUGAUGAUAAUGAUGAGGAUGAUGAGGAUGACAGUGAUGAUGAUGAUGAGUGGGGUCCUACCUCACAUGGGAAAAAGAGCAUCCGGACUCCUCCUGUUCACACUCCACCAGCUGCAGCCCCCCAACGAUCCCGCCGAAAGCUUCAGCCACCACAGCACAUCCCUCCCCAGCCUCAACCAGUCCACCAGCCGCCUCUGCAGCUCCGUCAACCUACUCCUCCCCCAUCUCCACCUCCAGAGCUGUCUUUCCCGCUGCCUGACACUCCCAAACAGAGCCCACGUGACCAAGAUGAGCCAGCAGACCUAGCAGAAGGUGCUGCUCCAGGGGCAGGCAUGGUCUCUCCUCCAUCCCUCAAAAGACAGGAGUCCAGCUCCAGUUCUAGAUCCAGCAGCCCAGAACCCCCAUCCACACGCAGACCUGGACCACUUAGCCUGCUGGUCCGCAAAAUGGAAUCUGAGGGUAUGUUUGAUGGUGCACAGAAGGUAGAGGUUGAGGGAGGAGAGAUGGAAGUUGAAAAGCAGGAAGAUGGUAAAGCAGAAGUGCAAGACUCGGCUCAGCAGCUUCUCGGGUCAGAGGUGUCUGUGUCAGUACCCACAAUGCCCCCUGCUCAACAAGAUGCUCAAGACUCUGAGUUGGAGAGAGAUGAGCAAAAAAGUGAGGAAAAAGAAAAUGAGAAAGUGGAUGAGACUUCUGCACCAUUCCAUUUGACGUCACCCACCACUUUCCCACCUAGAAGUCCACACAUUUUCUCAGAGGUUCCACCACCUGAUUCACUUACGUCAUCCUCCAAUCCUGAGCAGGUGUCAGUCCUCACAUCACUGAAGUGCUCUGAGGAUAUUGCUAUGGAGACAGAGGCCUCUACAACGAUUUCUGAAUCAAAACACGAGGAAGACAAAGAAGUGAAAGUUCUAGAGAAAAAGCCACCUAAACCAGCAGAAGAAAGUGAAAAGGCCCUAAAAUCGCCACACUCUACAUCUGAAGAAGGAGAAAUGGAUGAAACAAGAGACCGUUCACGGAGAGGAAAAGGUCAUGGACGACGCUCAUCAAUGCCAAGUCAGACACCAUCAUCUGACACCGAUUCAGAAUCAUCAUCCUCUCACUCUUCAAGCUCUCCUUCACAGGACAAAUCCAGCCCACCCAGCCAAAAGAAGGACGAGGAAGAGAACAGAAGAAAGGAUGUUCAAAAAGAAAAAAAGGCUCAAUCUUCAAGGGAGGUAAAGCAGGAAGCUCUCUCUGAGCCUGCAGGCCAAGUUGCUAUGGAACUGGAGAGCCGCUCUCAUUCAGAGAGUGCUAUGCAACAGUCUGACCACCAGGGGGCAGAUUCCAGCAACACCCGCCCAGAGGAGAGCUCCACCGUAAAAUCGUUUGCAGCCCGCAAGAUCUCUCUGACCAGUAAAACGGAAAUUGCGUCAUCUGAGGCAGAGCCAGUGGGUGGAGCCAGCAGGAAAAGAAGGUGGGGUUCUAGUACAGCAGUCACUGCCAAGAAGCCGUCAAUCAGCAUCACCACUGAAUCGCUGAAGACACUAAUUCCAGACAUCAAGCCCCUACAGGAGGCGGUGGUCGAACUGCAUCCAGAUGAGGGGCGUCUCUCUGGGGAUGAGGACUCAUCCGGGCCUCGUGAGCAAGAGGAACCAGAGGAGGAUCAGGGCCUCAUGAUCAGACGCACGGUGACACAGAUUGUUCCUCUUGAUGGACAUGAGAAUGGGCAGAAAGAAAUGGAGGAGGAGGAUGAAGAAGAAGAGCAGAAGUGGACUAAAGGAGAAACAGAAAAACAAAGGAAACAGGAGAGCUCCCCUGAUGCUUCCAUGGAAAUACAGGACGGCGAGUCCAAGAAAGUCACUCCCAGUGAUUCUUUGGUGCGCCGCUCCAUCAGUCAGCAGAAAUCAGGCGUGUCCAUAACUAUUGAUGAUCCCAUACGGACGGGUCGCCAGCUCUCUCCUCCUCGUGGAAAAACCUCCAACAUCAUACACGUCUACAACCUGGUGCGACCUUUCACCUUAGGGCAGUUGAAGGAGUUGUUAAAUCAGACAGGUAAAUUGGUGGAGGAGGGUUUCUGGAUCGAUAAGAUCAAAUCUCACUGCUAUGUCACAUACUCCACUGUAGGGGAAGCUGUGGCCACUCGAGAAGCACUGCAUGGUGUGAAAUGGCCUACAAGUAAUCCCAAAGUACUACGUGUGGAUUUUUGCGAGCAGGAUGAGUUGGACUUCCAUAAAGGUCUGGUGUCCAGUGCCCGCGCAGUUGAAGGUCAUGACCUUCACGCCUCAGGAACUUCAGCCCGCCCUGCCGCCCAUCACCCACUUCCACCUGCAAAUCACGAAAAAGAGAAGGAGCGAGAAAGAGAGCGAGAAGGAGGAGCUUUAGCUGUGAGAGAGCAGUGGGCAGAGAGGGAAAGAGCGAUGGAGAGGAGAGAGAGGACUCGUUCUGAGCGGGAGUGGGACCGGGAUAAAAUCAAGGACUUCGGGAAGGAUGACCGAGACAGAACGAGAAGGUCACGAUCGCGGGAGCGAAGACGCAGAGAGAAAGGCAAGAGCAAAGAGAAGAGAACAGAGAAGAAAGAUAAACCAGAAGAGCCUCCUGUAAAGCUUCUUGAUGACCUGUUCCACAAAACUAAAGCAGCUCCCUGUAUAUACUGGUUACCCCUCACAGAUGAACAGGCGACACAAAGAGCUCUGGAGCGUGCUGAGCGCAUAAAGGAGCGAGAGAAGAGGAGGAAGGAACUCCAGGAGGAACAGGACAAAAAACAAGAAGAACGGAGAGAGCGAGCAAAAGGACGUGACCGAGAGGGUGGGAAUGCAGGUGUUGUGAGACGUUCAACUGAGGGGGAGAGAGACAGAGGGAAGGAAAGAGAGAGAGAAAGGGGCAGAGAGGCAGAAAAGAGGAGAGACAGCCACAGAGUCUACGGUAGCGACUCCAAAACUGCAGGGGGGAGCAGACGCUCACAGAGCCGUAGCAACACCUCCAGAGACAGACGACACUGAGUGCACGAGUGUGGAUGUGUGUGAGAUGGGUUUGUAAGAUCAGAGUCGUCAGCACAUGAUGACAGCUCCAAGGAUGAUGAAUGCAUGAUGGAUAGGUCACCCAAAAAAUUAUUGUCAUCAAUUCACCCUCAUGUCAUUCCUAAAUUGAAAUUUUUUUUUUAUGGAAAACAAGGUGUUUAAAAAAAUUAUUCCGCUUUUUUGUCCAUACAGUGAAGUCGAAAUAAAACUGGAUCCCAUUGACUUUAUUUGUAUUUUUUUUAUUUUUUUUUACCUGUUUCAUGUUUUGUUUCAUUGAAGAAAUAGGUU